GCUCGGGUGUAUCUGGUCCCAGAGGAGGUUCUGAGAGGAGAGCUUUCAGAGGGUCUCAUGAAGGUGCAGACCACCCUGGAGACCCUGCAGCUCUUCAGGAGCACGUACGACGAGCGCAGGGCCAAUCUGAGCCGGUACCAGAGGAACGGGGUCCCUGUGAGGCCCUGGGACUUCUCGCCACUAUUGGUCUUCUCUGGACUUGACUGCUUUAUUAACAGAGUUAGGAGCAUUAAGGACAUCCUGUUGACAGCUGUGGACCUGCUGAAGCUAGACAAGUUAGAGAUUGGAGGAGUCCGGGGCCGGGCCCUCAGCCAGCAGGUCCAGGUGCUUCACCGGGGGUUUGUGGAAACGUUCAAACUGUUCACAGAGAAGCCCUACCACUGCCUGGACCUCAACAACAAGGAGUAUGAAGAAGAUCUGAGGGAGUUCAAACUCAAGGUGGAUGACACAGACAGACAAGUAGGAGCCAUCUUCUGUCAGGCCUUUGAGGAAACCUCUGGACUUGAGCACGCCUUCAAGGUUCUGGAUAUGUUUGGAGGCUUGCUGGAGCGCCCGUGGGUUGCCACAGAUGCUCUGGAAAGAUUCCCUCUGCUGGUCUCCAUGUUUGACAAGGAGCUGGACUGCUGUACACGCCUUUACAAGAAACACAUCCAAACUGCAGAGGAGCGGGAGCUGGACAACCUACUCGUUAUCAGUCAAUCAUUCUUGACCUCCUCAGGUUGGGCUCCAGUGAAUAGGAAUAUGCCAGCAGUAGCUGGCAGACUGAGAUGGGCCCAGGAGCUUCAGCUGCGCAUCCUGACCCCCUUCUCCAAGUUCAGACACCUCUCCUACCCGUGCCUGGAGUCUGCAGAGGGAGCCAGGGUCAUCCACAAGUAUGAGGAGCUGACGCAACUGCUGAACAGGAAAGACUUCCAAAGAAACCCCACAGUUAAUGGGGGAAAAAUGGAAUAAACCUCGAGGAGAGCAUCAGAGGAGGGAUCCCUCUCCCAGGAUGGACAGACGUGCAAUAGAUGCCAUGUCUAAAUUGAAGAGAUAAUAC